UAAAAAGUUUAUCAAACGGGAUAUAAUAAUUUUGAAAUUGCUAUUGAGCUCAUUUUGAAUGCGUAAUAUCUCAGUUUCUGCAACAUUCAGUGCACAAUCACUGUAAUUUAAUGUUUUAGUAAACAUUAAAAACCAAUUGGAAAAUUUUAUGAUAAGGGCACAUUUUUCAGCUGUCAUUAGGAAAACUUGUAAGGUGGUGCCUCUAGUGACGGAAAGCUUAAGUAUUUGCUAGUGUUGAGCAACCAGAGAGGGUCGGUGUGUUGCGAGUUGCGAAGUGAGUUGAGUUUGUGUGCGUGUAGUGAUUGGGUGCGUUAUAGGGCGCCUAGCUACAUUUAUUUCGUUCGUGCGACCAAUGUUAACCUGACCUCCACGACUAUUCGACGGGAUUGCGACGGGUUCUGGGGCGACCGCUAUCGCAAACAUAUUGGACCAGCCACAAAUUUUAAAAUGCUAUAUCCCUAACUUCUAUGGAGCAUCAGUUUAUCGCAUGUUCCGCCUUUAUAGAAGCUUUCAUCUUAGGUGGCUUAAACAAAAGUGGGUUCGGUGAGGAUCCUUGUUGUCCACAAGUUUUAUAUGGAAAUUUGUCUUUAUUCCUUUGUUAAGAAACUGCUCGCGAACAGAUCUUGAAGUGGAAUAUGGCUACGAUAGACGGCCGUCCCGCACAAUAUGGAAUUACCUUGAAACAACUACGUGACCUUAUGGAACAUAGGGGCCCAGACGGAAUAGCAAAAAUACAAGAAUUAGGUGGGACUCAAGAAGUAUGUAAAAAAUUGUACACAUCGCCCAGUGAAGGACUUAGUGGAUCACAAGUAGACCUUGAACAUAGAAGAGAAACAUUUGGAUCAAAUUCAAUUCCUCCAAAGCCCCCAAAAACAUUUUUACAAUUAGUAUGGGAAGCUUUACAGGAUAUUACACUUAUUAUUCUAGAAGUAGCAGCCAUAGUGUCUUUAUUGCUUUCAUUUUAUCAACCCCCUCUAGAAGAUUCACCAUUUAACGAUGAUGAAACAAGUCAUGGGUGGAUAGAAGGUUUAGCAAUUUUAAUUUCAGUUAUAGUAGUAGUAUUUGUAACAGCCUUUAAUGAUUACACUAAAGAAAGACAAUUCCGAGGGUUACAAAAUCGAAUAGAAGGAGAACACAAAUUUGCAGUAAUUAGACAAGGAGAAGUUAAACAAAUCUCUGUCAGUGAUAUAGUUGUAGGUGAUAUUUGCCAAAUUAAAUAUGGAGAUCUUUUACCCGCUGAUGGAGUUCUUAUACAAUCAAAUGAUUUGAAAGUAGACGAAUCCUCCUUAACAGGAGAAUCUGAUCAUGUCAAGAAAGGGGAAUCGUUCGACCCGAUGGUAUUGUCCGGUACCCAUGUCAUGGAAGGAUCUGGUAAGAUGUUGGUUACUGCAGUUGGUGUUAAUUCGCAGGCUGGUAUCAUCUUCACGUUACUGGGAGCUGCUGUUGAUCAACAAGAAGCUGAAAUAAAGAAAAUGAAAAAGGGUGAUGAAGAAAAUGUAACUGGAAAUAGCCACAUGAACUCCCCAGCUCCAGUCGCUACAGAAAAUAAACAUGAUACUGCUCAAGACGGUAAAGAAAAUCAUGUUCAACCCGAAAAAUCAGCUGGAGAGAGAAACAAAAAGGAGAAAUCUGUGCUACAAGCUAAACUGACUAAGCUCGCCAUACAAAUUGGUUAUGCUGGUUCCACUAUAGCGGUCCUUACCGUUGUCAUACUGAUCAUCCAAUUCUGUAUCAAGACUUUCGUUAUUGAUAACCAAACUUGGAAAAACUCCUAUGCCAAUUAUCUUGUACGCCAUCUGAUUAUUGGUGUCACCGUACUUGUUGUAGCUGUUCCUGAGGGAUUACCACUUGCAGUUACCCUGUCUCUUGCUUAUAGUGUAAAGAAAAUGAUGAAGGACAACAAUUUGGUGAGACAUUUGGAUGCUUGUGAGACGAUGGGUAAUGCUACAGCCAUAUGUUCUGAUAAAACUGGUACUUUGACAACUAACAGGAUGACAGUUGUUCAAUCCUACAUAUGUGAACAGCUUUGUAAGACAAUGCCCAAAUUUUCUGAUAUACCUGCACAUGUCGGAAAUGUAAUCAUUCAGGCUAUUGCCAUCAACUGUGGCUAUACAUCAAGAAUUAUGCCUCCAGAAGAGGGCAGCGAUCUACCGAGACAAGUGGGCAACAAAACGGAAUGUGCAUUGUUAGGAUUUGUUGUAGGACUUCAGAAGAAUUACCAAACGAUCAGAGAUGACUAUCCAGAGGAAACGUUUACUCGAGUGUACACCUUUAAUUCAGACAGAAAAUCCAUGAGUACAGUGAUACCUCGUCAAGGUGGAGGUUAUCGAUUAUUUACCAAAGGUGCUUCAGAAAUUAUAUUACAAAAGUGUGCCUUUAUUUACGGCCACGACGGCCGUCUUGAGAAAUUUACCAGAGACAUGCAAGACAGGUUGUUGAAACAAGUGAUAGAGCCUAUGGCUUGUGACGGACUUAGGACUAUAUGUCUCGCUUUCAGAGAUUUUGUUCCUGGUAAAGCAGAAAUAAAUCAGGUACAUAUUGAGAACGAACCCAAUUGGGAUGAUGAAUCAAAUAUUGUCAAUAACUUGACUUGCUUGUGUGUCGUUGGUAUUGAAGAUCCUGUUAGAACUGAAGUACCAGAUGCCAUCAAGAAAUGUCAGAAAGCUGGUAUCACUGUCAGAAUGGUUACUGGUGACAAUGUUAACACCGCUAGAUCAAUAGCUACUAAAUGUGGUAUUGUUAAACCUAAUGAGGACUUUCUCAUUUUGGAAGGCAAAGAAUUUAACAGGAGAAUUAGGGACAGCGCGGGAGAAGUUCAGCAGCACCUUAUCGACAAAGUUUGGCCUAAAUUACGUGUUCUUGCUAGAUCAUCACCCACUGAUAAGUUUAUCCUGGUCAAGGGUAUUAUAGACAGUAAAUUGAAUGAUAAUAGAGAAGUAGUAGCAGUAACUGGGGAUGGUACAAAUGAUGGACCUGCUUUGAAAAAAGCAGAUGUUGGAUUUGCUAUGGGUAUCGCUGGUACGGAUGUAGCAAAAGAGGCUUCAGAUAUUAUAUUGACAGAUGACAACUUCAGUAGUAUUGUGAAGGCUGUUAUGUGGGGUAGAAAUGUUUAUGACAGUAUAGCUAAAUUUUUACAAUUCCAACUUACUGUUAACGUCGUUGCUGUUAUUGUUGCAUUUAUCGGUGCUUGUGCUGUCCAAGACAGUCCUCUAAAGGCAGUGCAAAUGUUAUGGGUAAACUUGAUUAUGGACACCUUGGCUUCCUUGGCAUUGGCUACUGAAAUGCCUACUGGAGAUUUAUUACUUAGGAAACCCUAUGGUAGAACCAAACCAUUGAUUUCAAGAACGAUGAUGAAGAAUAUCCUAGGACAAGCUGUAUAUCAAUUAGUUGUUAUUUUUUCUUUACUUUUUGUAGGUGAUAAAUUUUUGGAUAUAGAAUCAGGAAGAGGUGUGGAAAUUGGACAUCCGCCAACUCAACAUUUUACUGUCAUCUUUAAUUCUUUCGUCAUGAUGACCUUGUUCAACGAGUUCAAUGCUAGGAAAAUCCACGGACAAAGAAAUGUUUUUGAAGGAAUCUUCACUAAUCCUAUCUUCUACAGUAUCUGGAUAGGAACAUGUCUAGCACAGGUUGGAAUUAUCCAAUUGGGUGGUGUAGCAUUUUCAACUACUAGUCUAGAUAGAGAUCAAUGGCUUUGGUGUCUCUUCUUUGGUGUAGGAACUCUAAUAUGGGGUCAGCUAGUGACUACUGUACCAACCAGUAAAAUUCCAAAGAUUUUAUCUUGGGGUCGAGGACACCCUGAAGAAUAUACUGAAACAAUCCAAAUUGGCGAAGAGAAAUACGACCUUGAUUCUGACAAGAAACCUCGAGCGGGUCAAAUAUUGUGGAUAAGAGGUCUGACAAGAUUGCAAACGCAGGUGAUAGGUGGUGAAUUACAAGAACGUUUGAUUCCAGUUCCAUACAGCAAGAGCUCGACUGACCAAGCUGUGGGGCAAAAUCACAUCCGAGUAGUUAAUGCUUUCCGACAGGGCCUAGAUGCUCGAUAUGGAGAACACAGCAAUACUUCCUUAGCUGAGGUACUUCGCAAACAGACGACUCUAUCUAAGAGGUUGUCUCAAACUUCUUCCAUUGAAUACGCCGAUAACAUCCCCGACGAAUUGACGAUACCAGAAAUAGACGUGGAGCGAUUAUCGUCCCACAGCCACACGGAAACAGCCGUUUAGCUCCCCAUCCCCGUCCUAUUGCUCCUUCAUUUACUAUUAAUACUGUUAAUAUUACAGCAGUGCGUUCUAUGCGAUGGCAGCAGCGGUCCUGCUCUACUGCUGGUUUUCCUCUCGCCUUCCCCAAACCUAAUCCUCGAAAUUCCUAUUGAUUUUAUCCAUAUAUCCGCCACAGUCGCAAUUCGAUUUAUUAGAAGAUACAGAAACUUUAAUCUGUGUGGUUAUUAUAAUAAGACCGUGGUAAAGUACCUACUUAUAAACGUUACGUAGAGCAGCCUCGGGUAGAGAUUAAAUAUGUAGGUAAUGUAGUCAAUGCGAUAUUAGUACUACUUACUGUUGUUAACGCUCGGGAUCGCAGCUGUCACUAAAUCUCCGAUAUUUGUUGAUAUACUUGUUGAUCGGUGGUUUAUACUUCGUUUAUUAUAUUUAUCGUUUUUUGUUAUACGCUUGGAACUAUUGGAUAUAAAAAUAUAUAUAUAAAUAUUAUAUUGAUAACCAGGAUAAGCAGGAUACGACGCGCUGUCGAUAUGGACUACAAGAUUAGCAAUAAAUGAGUGUUCCACAGUUCACUCAUAGAUUAAAUUUAGGUGCCUAUAUUUGUGAGACCUUUCAUUCCAGAAAAGUCUCACUACUGACGAGAAUACGCGAACGUUCAAUGCAAUUGGGCAGUAGCGAGCAUUCCCUUUCGCCUUCUUUAUCUCUGGUAACCAUUGGGUAUAUUCGCUUGUUCUCGUCUCGACCUAUACAUAUAAACAUAUUAUAUGAAAUUAUUAUAUGUGACCUGCCGUCCCCCCAGCCGCUUCCUUCCAUCGGGGACGACGGCUCGCCUAAUUUUUAACACUAGAUCCAAAAUCAGAUGUUAUUUGCCAAAUAUUUGAGGAGGAACGGUAUGCGAGAAGUUUAUUUUCAUUUAUAAUUUAUUAUUAAAUUAAAUUUAUAUAUCAGGACAAAUACUGCUUCUCCUCAUCUACAUCAUGUUAUUACCUAGGUCUAAUAUAAAAUAAAACCGUAGAUAGAUGAAAGUUAGGGCAACACAAAAAAAUUGUACAUCAUGUGUUUUCAUUUAAAACAUUUCAUCCUCUUUUUUUUAACACGAAAUAUGUUUAUAGCUAGCUUAAGUGAUAACAAUUUGACCAUUUUGACGUUAUCUCUCGACGAUUGGAUUGAAAUUUGUUAUUUAUAUAUUAAAAAAUAUAUUUAUAUGCAUGUCGAGGGCCAGAGUGAGGAUGAAUCGUUUUAAACUUAUACAUAGCAUGUUGUACCAAUACAUAGAAUGAUGUAUUAUAAUAAUAUUGUAGAAAUAAUGUGGUAAUACAUUACCAAAUCACAAACAUUGUAACGAACUUGUAUUUGUAUUAUCACAUUAGGUGCUAAGUGCUAGUGCUGCACUGUGCAUUUGUUUUGUACUUACCUACGUAUUUCAUCUUAAAAGCUGUAAAAUACUAUUAAUAUUAUUAAAUAGUAUAUAAUAAGCUGUGAUAAUGGCGUGCCAGACCAACAGGUUGCGUCCAAAUCUUCAUGGUUGCGGCGAUGGUACUUAGGAACCCCAAACACAUCAUUUAUUUUCGGGGUCAUUCCAUAUUCAGUCAACUUUCAAUUCCUAAUCCAAUAUAUAAUUCAAUAAAUACUAUGGUGGUGCCACAAGUAUCCGACUCAACAAAGAUAUCAUAAUCUCCUAUACAAUUUGUUGAAUAAGCUCUACUGCCUUUUUUGUCAUAAGAACUGUAUUGCUUCUCAAAAUAGCCGACAUCACUUGGAAAGUCUUUUACCACUGAGCCAUUUUAACCGUUGCCAAUUUAUGAACUGGUGUAGUGUCUAGAUGAAACAGCACUUUCUCCUGAUACAAAUGUGGUCAUUUUGCUUGAUUUCUUUGCUAAUCUGUUACCGUUGAUAAUUUUUCCUCUUCAAUAAAAUCAUGGAAAAUAAUUCUACACACAAUUAGAUAGCAUGUAGAUGAAACGAUAUUCGCCCUAUCUGGAACUAGUUCUGACUGAUUGUUCUAUUUUUGGUUAGGUGUGAAUUAAUGGGCCCCUGUCGGUAGUUAUGGAACACCACAAAAAAUAUGCUUUAUUUAUUUAGCUAAACACUAGAUUGAAAUAACUGUUUCUCGUGUCAUUUUUUUAUAAUAUGCGAUGUCCUUGUUUGAAAUUACAUCCUAUAUCAGGCACGUUCACUCAACAAUCUUCCAAUGCCGAUUUUCUACACCAUUUCUGGUUCGGUCACAUUUGAUCGUACCAGCUCGUAUAGUUUUAUUUGUACUCAGCUACCCAAUAUUUCACUGUUGUAAACGAAGGAGCAGAGUCCCCUCUAAUAGAAAUCAGUUAAAUUGUUAUAAGCUUGGGUCAAUACCUUUCAAAUAAAAAUUUGUUCCACAUAACGAUGACCAAUAAUCAAUAACUGAAAAAAUAUAACAAACGAAGUUGUGUCUUGAAAUAUAUAGAUUGUAUAUUUUCUAAUCCAGUGUUGUACCGGUUCUCAAGGUCACUCCGGGUACUUACGGAACCACAAAUGAUAAAUCUGUAAAAUGUAAAAGUUGAAUACCAUUUUUUCAUUAAGUUAUUUGCUGACAAAGAGGGGGUCAAUAUAUGCGUCUAGAGUUUGUUUGUACAGUUUUAUUAAAAUGUUAUUUAUCACUUAUAUCGUUUGAAAUUUUGUCAGAGUAUUGGUUAAGGUAAUGGAUCUCUAUUUUGAAAUCAUUCCUAUUUGUGUCGUCUGUAAUUCUAGUAAUUUUUCCAUUUAACAUUUUUUUUUUCAUUCACUAUAAGACGCAGUAUUGACAGGAUGCUUAUUUCCUUUUCUUUCGAUAUUUAAUGUAACCUCUGUAUUUUUAUUGAUCGAUUAUUGGUGGCAUCGUUAGUAACUCCAUCUAUUUAUACAUAUGUUUAAAGGUGAAUGUUCUGGUGGUAUUGCUAGCGCGUCCAAAUCUGUCUUCUGAUUUUUACGCGAGGUAAUGUUAAGCAGUAUUUUUGUAUGUGUCUUGGAAGUGGCCUGUUUUUCUGGCCCAUUCACGCACACAUUUUUACCCACUACUCCGUAUCGGAUUUUCGAAUUGACGGAACUUGUCAUCAAAGAAAAAUACUUGGAAAUAAGUAACUGAAUUGUUCUAAAUUCAAACGAAAAUGCGUUAAAUGAUAGUGAGGUUCUGGUGUAUUCUUCUUAAAAUAAGGAUAGUCUUCAUAAAAACUAGUUGACACAAAAACAAAAGCAAGAGACUGUUUUUGCGCAACUAUAUAUCUUUUAGAUCGAUAGAAAUCGUUUCUUGCGGUCCUUAAAUUAAUAUAGCUUCGAUUGCACUUUCUUUGGUACAUGUGAUAAACAUAGUGUUGAUUUCAUCAGUGUUCAGUUCUCAUUAAUAAAUUAGAAUUUCUGUGUGUCUAAUUCUAGAAGUAAAUAAUCUAGAAGUCAACAAAAAUUUCCUUAAUUUUAGAAAAAUUUGUCUGUAAAAACGCUAGAGAUAGUUGUCUUUUAAAUCUUACAUUGUUACAAUCUACCUCAUUUCGACUUGAACUAUUUGUCGAAAAUGAAAAAUGUAUAUAGCAGUUAUAAGCAUUUUGAAAUGUUUCAAACUAUAUUGAAAAUAUCUAUAUUUCACGCAUCACAGUUUGUUGCACUCAUUUAGAACAAUUCUAGUAGUAAAAUAUAAAAUAAUCUACGUUGCGAAAAGCACACAUUCGCAUUAGAUUGAAUAUAACAUAGAUUCUUAUGAUGACAACCCGUUCCCGCAAAACAUUCGGUCUGCUAUAGUGACCACUCAAUAUCGACUGUGGUCGCCGAAGUAUAUGUGUUAACACCACUGCACCCAAGUCCAAAUAAUUUUCAAUUUACUCCGUAAAUGAUUUAUUUUUAUUUAUUAUUCACUUCCUCAACUUGAUAUCUUUCUAUAUACAUGAUAUUUAUUUCAACGAAUUCGUUCAAUAUAAUUUAUUCACUAUUACAAUAUUAGUUAUUGUUUAUAAUUUUUUCGAAAUCCAGAAAAUUCGUUUGGACAGUUUGUUGUGAAACACAUCUGCUUCAAAAAAUUCUACUAAUUGUACAAUUCAUCUAUUUAUCUGUGGUUCAUCUUACCCUACAUAUUUUCAUUUCAAGUGUAGUUAAUGAACGUUCUAUUUUAUUUUCCAACUUGGUGGACUUACCAUUUUUUCAUAAUGGGGUGUUAUUAAACAAAUAUAUAUAAAACUGUAUAUAUAUAGUAUAUACAUAUAUAUAUAUAUAUAUAUAUAUAUAUAUAUAUAUAUAUAUAUAUAAUGUAUAAAGAGAACUUUAGUGUCGAUUUGAAGUGGCAUUUGGUCGGUACUACGUCACAAUUUAAAAUUAAGUAAAAACAGAAAAACUCCUAUUUACUUAUGCCAAACUUAUGACAUGGCAUUUCAGUUUAAUGUUGUUAUUUGUAAUGGUACAAUAUUAUAUCGUUAAUUUGUUAUAGUUGUUAUUUUAUAUAAUAAAGAGAGUCGCCUUUCACGCUCUAGUGUUAUUGGCCCACCAGCGGGAGGGUGGAAUGGAAUAUGGUUGAUCCGUGACCAUUCUAAUCUAACUUUUAUUGUAUGUCUGAUGUGCUUUUAUUUAUAUAAUAAAGGUAUUUUGAGCUUUAAAUUUUAAGAGAGGUGAAUAACAUACCAUUGUUAAGGUGUUUUUGUUCCAUUCUGUCAUUUAUUUUUGUGAAAGGCUUUUUUUAUCACAUUUUUAGUUACCAAAUAUUUUUCGAUUUCAUGUAAAUGUUACCUACUUCUUUAACUUUGUAAUAUAAUUUAAGAAAAUUAUAAAUGCUACGAAUAUUUUCAUAUUAAACAUGAAUUUUAAAAUAUAAUCACGCAUA